AUGUUUUCACCUGACGGAGCUUUCAUCAACACGAGCGAGAUACUCAGCGAUACCGAGGCUCAAGCCAUUCACAACAGAGUUCAGGACGAGGUUGCCGCUGAGAAUGCUGCUGACGGGCGUGUGGGAAGGUUUAAAGGCGAUCCUAAAUUCGCAGAGGUUAAAGCAUAUACCGAUUCAGAAGUUUCCAAGCGACUGCCCGCGGCUAUUUCACAGGCUGAGGUCGAAGCUAGGGCCGGACAGGGAGAUGAGGAUGCAGGUUUUGUCCUCUCCAAGCUGCCUGUAUCAGAGGAAGUUCAGAGCCAGAUACGCGGGCUGUUUGAAAAGUACGGUUGGCCAACAGUCUGGCAGUCUCUUGACUCAAUCGAGGGCUGCGGAGAUGGUCCUACAUGGACUUGGCAAGAUGUGGACAAUGACCUGCUCGUGAGGCUGGGGGACGAGAAACUGCUGGGAAUGAACAAGAUAGCAGAGUACGUUUUCAUUGAUGUUCCCGCACCAGGCCCAACUGUGGCGCCCACAACACAACCACCUGGUAACCAAGCGCUAAAUGAUAUCGAGAAAACCCGAGAUCUGGUCGCACGACGCAACCGAGCGCUCGACUCCUUAUACCUUGACCAAGAAGAGAAAGAUGAAUUACGUAAGGAUUUGAAUCAGACAGGUUGGCCGGUAACUCUUUGUAAAGGUGGCUCACAGGCAAUGAGGGCCAUGAAUGAGUCGUUCGAUACCCGCGAUCUCUAUGCACUGCUCUGUAUCAUGCGACACAUGAUCAUACGACACCCCGAUGUUGUGCCCGACGAAUUGAAUCUCUUCUUCUUGAAUCAGGACAGCAAGAAGUUCAGCAAUAAGUGGAGCAAGAUGCAACAGAAGUGCAACGAUAAUUGGAAUGAAGCAGAUGACGAGGACCUGAUAAGGCUGUACGAGGGCGUCAACAAGACUUUCAAGGAUAUUGCUAGUGAGAACUUCCCAGACUUUCGAGAAGCCGCGAAAAAGUUUCCGGAACCAGGUAUCCUGAUCGAGAUUGCGCAUUUGACAGCUAAGAAAAGGCUGACGGCUAAGGAAAGGAAAGCGAAGCAGAUGGCAUUGGCAGAUCAAGGAAAAGCAGUACAAGGGUAG